AUGACUGGUUCGCCAGCAAAACUCGCGUAUUGUACUGACACUGAAAAAAGUGUGGUGGUCAAUAAUUUCGAGAAGCGCGGAUGGUUUCCAGUCAGUGCAGAUGACGACUGGAAUUUUUACUGGGCGGGGCCGCAGACUUGCAGGGCUUUGUUCAGCGUCGACAGCGGUUACCGCAUGAACGACAACCAGUGA